AUGGUCACCUUGACAUGCGGCACAUGCGGGAAAUCCUUCUCCAAGAAAGAACACUAUGUGCGUCAUCUGAGAGUGCACACGCAUGAACGCCCGUUUGCAUGUCACGCAUGUGGCCAAAAGUUCGCGCGCAGGGACACCUUGAAACGACAUCAGAUCUCUCAC